CAGCAGCAGCAGCAUCGGCUCCCGGACCUGCUCCGUACUUCCUCCAGUCGAGGCUGACUUUCCUCCGCGCUCCGUCCGUCCAGGGAGCGCCUGCAGCGGGCAGCAGAGCUCCAGGCAGCCGCGGUGUGAGCACCCACACAUCCAGCCGGACUUCUCUCCUGCACUCCACACGCACGGCAAAAUGGGGAAACAGAACAGCAAGCUGACCCCCGAAGUGAUGGAGGACCUGGUGAAGAACACGGAGUUUAACGAGCACGAGCUGAAGCAGUGGUACAAGGGCUUCCUGAAGGACUGUCCCACCGGCCGGCUCAACCUGGAGGAGUUCCAGCAGCUCUACGUCAAGUUCUUCCCUUACGGAGACGCGUCCAAGUUUGCCCAGCACGCCUUCAGGACCUUCGACAAGAACGGCGACGGCACCAUCGACUUCAGAGAGUUCAUCUGCGCGCUGUCCAUCACAUCGCGGGGCAGCUUCGAGCAGAAGCUCAACUGGGCCUUCAACAUGUACGACCUGGACGGAGACGGCAAGAUCACACGGGUGGAGAUGCUGGAGAUCAUCGAGGCCAUCUACAAGAUGGUGGGCACGGUGAUCAUGAUGAAGAUGAACGAGGACGGCCUGACGCCCGAGCAGAGGGUGGACAAGAUUUUCUCCAAGAUGGAUAAGAACAACGACGACCAGAUCUCCCUGGAGGAGUUCAAAGAGGCGGCCAAGAGCGACCCGUCCAUCGUACUACUGCUGCAGUGUGACCUCCAGAAAUAGGCGGGGACGGGGGGAGGGGGACGGAAGGGGCGAGCGGAGCGCUCCACCAGCCGCCACGGACUGCACAGAAAGAAUUUCAUGUUCCAUUCAGUUUGCAGCUAUUUCCACUGAAAAAAGAAAAAAAAAAUUGAAGAAAAAUUACUACUAUAUGCUUGGACUACCUUUCAAUGGAUCUGCUUCUUGUGUUUGAAACACUCGUGUGCAUGAGAAUGUUAUUUGCUA